AUGAUUUACUUACUUAUACUUUUAACUGUAUUUGGAAGAUUAACUUCUUGCGAGGUGGCAAUUAUGCGUCGGCAACCGAUGGCAAUAAAUCCAACAUUAUACGAUUCAAAAGUUGAUAUGAUCAUUCAACUAGACGAAAUGACAUUCAACGACACUGUCUUCUGUAGAUAUCCUUCAUCUAAUGCCUCUUGUACUUUCUACUCUGAUUGGUGUGGCCAUUGUCGCGCAUAUGCUGAAACUUAUAAAUCAUUAGCUCAGGAUAUUCAAGGGUGGGAUUCAGUUGUUCAGGUUGCCGCUAUAAACUGCGCAGAUCCACUUAAUGAAGUUACCUGCCGUGCUAAUGAAGUUUUAUUUUUCCCACUAAUAAAGUAUUUUCCACGAAAUUCAACAGAUCCACGUUCUGGAAUACUUUUAAGGCCGUUACCAUCAAUCGCUGAAAUGCGUGAUCAAAUUAUUAAAUCAAUUUUGUAUGAUUACAGAAUGAAUCAUUACUCGAAUUGGCCUAAUUUUAACUUUUUAGGAAACAUUCUUACGUACAGUGAACUUUGGAAAGCUACGGAAAGUUCGUCUCCUUUAUUAGUCAUUGUUUUUGAAGAAAAUAGAGAAUCACUCAUCGGCGCUGAGUUAUUACUCGAUAUGUCCAAGUACGACGAUCGACUAUCUGCUUGGCGAUGUCUUAAGAAUCAUUCACUGGUUGAUGCGCUGUAUAUCAGAAAUUUUCCAACUUUAGCCGUAUUUAAGCGUGAACAACGGACACCAUUACUUGUUGCCGAAUUGAGAAAGUUGUUAUUCACUGAAUUAAAGCGUUUUAUGUUUGCUGAAGACAGUGAAAAUCAUAUUGAAGAGAAUAUUUAUAACCAAUCAAUUUGUGAUCGAAAUAUUACAGAAUGUAGAAAAAUGUAUUUCGUUUCUGAAACGGAUAUAUUAAAAGCCUUACGAUAUGCUUUAGUAGACGAAGUUUCAAGAAGCGGGAAGGAACUCUUUAGUAGUAAUCUGACUGCUCUCCGCGAUUUCCUGGAUUUACUAGCAAAAAGCUUAAAAAAUAGCGAACGAGCAGUGAAAAUAUUCAAUGAAAUGAGAAACUAUUUGGAUGAGAUUGGAAUUAGUAAUAUAAUCUCUACAAAUGAUUACAAAAAUAAAUUUACUGCGUUAGAAGAUCAAAACAAUAAUCCAUUUCCGAUACAUGCAAAUUGGGAACAUUGUGCGGGUUCAAAUCCACAAUUUCGAGGAUAUACUUGUGGCUUAUGGAGUAUUUUCCAUGCUCUUACUGUUCAGGCUUACAAAAAUGGCUUAAAUGAUGCCAAAUUUCUUCCACAAGCAGCAUUAAAGGUGAUUCGGAAUUGGGUUCAAAAGUUUUUUGGUUGCCAUCGAUGUCGAGAUCAUUUCCUACAGAUGACAACUCUAACUUUUCGCAUGGAAAACCAUGUUCAUCGUCCGGAAGAUGUAUUCAUGUACUUAUGGCAAGCUCAUAAUAUAGUAAAUGCGCGACUCAGAGGUCGAGAUACAGAGGAUCCUAAAUAUCCUAAACGACAAUUUCCAGCUCAUUUUCUAUGUAGUAGUUGUAAAAAUCAAGAUCAAUUUGAUCAUGAUGAAGUGAAAAAGUUUUUACUCAACUACUACAGUGCUAUCAGGCCUUAUUCACAAAAAACAAAAAUUGAACUUGAUGAAGAAGUAUGA